GGUCGGACCGCGCUGUGCCUCAGCGGCGGCGGCGCGCUCGCGAUGUACCAUUUCGGCGUCAUCAAGGUGCUGCUUCAGGAGGGCCUCCUGCCGCAGGUCAUCUCCGGCACGUCCGGCGGGAGCAUCGUCGCGGCGUUCAUAUCGAUGUUCCCGGAGGAGGAGCUUCUGAAGACGAUUAGACCGGACUUGAGCUCGCGGCACGGCGUCCGGUGGUUCCCCCCCGUGUGGAAGAUGGUCAUCAACUUUGUGCAGAACUCGGUGCUGAUGUCGUCGGAAAAUUUCGCGGAGACGACGAGGGCGUACUUUGGCGACGUCACGUUCGCGGAGGCGUUCGUGAUCAGCAAACGCGCGGUGUCGAUUCAAAUCUCCGUGGGCAGCGGCCACGGGUUCGUGCUGAACCACUUCACCGCGCCGCAGGUGGUGAUACGAACCGCCGUGAACGCGUCGUGCGCGCUCCCGGGUCUGAUGCGUCCGUUCGAGCUCCUCGCGAAGGAUGAAAAAACCGGCGAGCUCAUCGCGUUUCACCCGCCCGGCGUGUCGUCGUUCGACGGCACGAUCACCGCGGACAUCCCCGCGGCUCGCCUCACGGAGCUGUUCAACUGCAACAACUUCAUCGUGUCGCAGGUGAACCCGCACGUGAACUUCGUGUUGCACCUCGCGGAGGAAGGCCAAGGCCGAAGGCUGUCGCGCGCCGCGAGAAGCAACGACCGCCGCGCCGCGGUGAUCAAGCUCCUCCGCGUCGCCAAGUACCUCCUGCUGAACAUCAAGUACGGCGUGCAAAAACUCCUCGAGGUGGACCUUCUGAACUUGCGUAUGGUGCGCACGCUGCAGGGCAUCUUGGUCCAGGACUUCCGCGGGCACAUCACGGUGCUGCCGCAGCUUCAAUUCCGCGACUACCUGCGGGUGUUGCGGCACCCGAACGACGACGAGAUGGCGAGGUUCAUUCGCAACGGCGAGGCGGCGACCUGGCCGCACGUGGAGGCGAUCCGGCUGACGAUGGCCGCGGAG